CCCUCUGCCCUGGCCCCAUACGGCCCCCCGCCCCUCUCCCUCGCCUGCCAGCUGCCAACAGGGCUCUGCUCUGUGUCUGCCACACCUGUCACUGCCUGUCCUUGCCCCGGGGGGGCCCCAUCAGCCCCUCCUCAGCUGCCCAGCAGAGCAAGCAGUUAGUGGGGAGGGGAGGGAACAUGGAGCGGGGGCCGGCGGUGGGGGCAGGGCUGGGGGCCAGGGCCCGAAUCCGGGCAUUGCUGGGCUGCCUGGUCAAGGUGCUGCUCUGGGUGGCCUCUGCCUUGCUGUAUUUUGGAAGUGAACAGGCUGCCCGCCUCCUGGGCAGCCCCUGCUUACGGCGCCUGUACCAUGCCUGGCUGGCAGCAGUGGUCAUCUUUGGGCCCCUUCUUCAGUUCCACGUCAACCCUCGGACCAUCUUCGCCAGCCACGGGAACUUCUUCAACAUAAAGUUCGUGAAUUCCGCGUGGGGCUGGACAUGCACCUUCCUGGGGGGCUUCGUUCUGCUGGUGGUGUUCCUGGCCACACGGCGCGUGGCGGUGACUGCCCGGCACCUGAGCCGGCUGGUGGUGGGGGCCGCCGUGUGGCGGGGGGCUGGCCGGGCCUUCCUGCUCAUCGAGGACCUGACCGGCUCCUGCUUCGAGCCCCUGCCCCAGGGCCUGCUGCUCCACGAGCUGCCUGACCGCCGCAGCUGCCUGGCAGCCGGCCACCAGUGGCGGGGCUACACGGUCUCCUCCCACACCUUCCUGCUCACCUUCUGCUGCCUGCUCAUGGCUGAGGAAGCCGCAGUGUUUGCCAAGUACCUGGCCCACGGGCUGCCCGCCGGGGCGCCCCUGCGCCUUGUCUUCCUGCUCAACGUGCUGUUGCUGGGCCUCUGGAACUUCUUGCUGCUCUGUACUGUCAUCUACUUCCACCAGUACACUCACAAGGUGGUGGGCGCCGCGGUGGGCACCUUCGCCUGGUACCUCACCUACGGCAGCUGGUAUCAUCAGCCCUGGUCUCCAGGGAGCCCUGGCCACGGGCUCUUCCCUCGCCCCCACUCCAGCCGCAAGCGUAACUGAAAGAAAUAAAAGCACGUUAGGCCUGGCUCUGGCCCCUCUCAUCAUUUGGUUGGUGGGACCUGAAAGGAUGGGAAGGGCAAAAAGAGAGGCUGGAAAAUAAAAUAAAUAAAUAUUAGAAAUAAAUAAAAGAGAGGCUGAUGGUCAUGAGAUUCCUCAGCCAUUCCUUGCUGUUAUCAAUUUUGAAUGUCCUCCCUUAUGCUCAAUGGCC